AUGGACUUCUACCUUCGAUGCAAUGCUCUAAAAUGUCGCUCCCAGUUGAAGGAGCAAGCAGUCGUCACCACCUGUUCGCACAUAUUUUGUCUUCCCUGCGCAGAUACUCUCGGUCUCUCACGUCCCACCCAUGGCGAACGUCGCUGUCCAGCUUGCCAAACCGUCCUCGUGAAUCCAGACGACGCCGCAUCGACAGUUCUCAAUCCCUCUGAAGACUAUAAAACCAGUGUACUGAGUGGACUAGAUCCGAACACGAUUAUGGAAUGCGCUAGUCGAGCAUUAGUAUUCUGGGCUUAUCAGACCACGCAGGAGAUGUGCGUAUUGCUGAGCUUUUCCAUAGACUUCUGCGUCGAUUUCCUCACAGGAGACAGAUUCUACCAAGAGUAUCUUGGGAAGUCACUUACGGAGAAAUACUCCACGCUGAAUACACACAUGGACAGGGUGAUUCAUAAUGCAAAUACGGAGAUAUCGGCUCUUCAGGCUAAAUUGAACGACAUGCAAGCAACAGAAGAGCAGCUUCGCAAAAAGAACCAGGAGCUUGUCGAUCUAUACCGAGAAAAGUGCAAGAAGUUCGCUCAGAUCACCAAUCUGUACAACCUGCUCAAGUCCCGGGCUAUGAGGUCGCAAAUGAAGACCGCUGCAUCGGACACUGUCUCGCGGACUUUGAAUUCACUCGGCAACUCGGGAAACGAGCCCUCAGUAUCAGGUAUGAGCAGACCAAUGGGUGUCUCGCGGCCGCCACAAACUCCGACGUCGCGUCAAGGCAAUCCGCAUCCUGUCAACCUGGAAGGGGUGGAACAGCUACACCGGCAUCAGCGAAGCGGAACUGGGAGCUCAAAAGGCGCAAAGCAAAAGGUUGAUGCCGCAGUGAUGCCACCACCCACUGUGCCAGUGAACUUGAGAAACCGAAGUAUCCCCAAUGCAACUCCACAACAACGAACUCGUCUCCCAGGCCCUAUGCGUCCGUCGACUGGCAUGUCAAGCUUACCGCAGGACAGCGCCAUGUUCGAGCGAUUUCAUGACAACAAUAUGCCAGGUCAGUACUUGAACAGUGGCAACGCCUCGCUCAGUCGAGAUAGUCUGGGUUUCCAGAGGCCCGGCCCUGGGACGGCAAAUGGAGCGGGAAACGGCUCUUCUGUUUUGAGGUCUUCGUUAUUUCAGAACACCAUUAUAUAA